AGUUAGUUUACUCGUUUCUUUAAACAGUAUAAACAGUAUACAUGGCUACAACUCUUGAAGACAUCCAUCAAGAUAUCAUCCAAAAACACAUCUUACCACGUCUCGAUGGUCCAUCUCUCUGGACCAUCGCGACAGCCACCGCAUCAUCAUCAUCUUCUUAUCUACGAUCCCUUUGUUCCGAUGAUGAUCACUACAAGCUAUGGACCGACGUUUCCAUGUCCACUUGGCCUUCUAUAACCCACCCUCGUGUUCAUCAAAUCAUUUCCACCUUUCCUAAUGGUUACCGAUCUUUCUUUCAAGACUCUUUUCCGUCUUUAUUCACAUAUAGUCCCUCUUAUUUGUCAUAUUUACAUCAAAAAAAUAAAAAUAAAACCAAGUUAACCAAUGUAAAACCUAUACCAAAAACAAAUUUGCAUCAGAAUGAUCACCAACGGAUGACAUCAUGUGAUCAUCAUCCUUUGUCAUCUAAACUCAUCUCACUUGUCGAUAUUCGCUACAAAGGCAACAUCAUUUACUCCAAAACGCAUUUCACUGACACCACAAAUGAUCAUUUUUUGUCAUCACCGUUUCAGAUUGUAUUAAACGAAUCAACACACGUACCCAAGAAAUUCGAUGAGCUAGCACCCCUCAACGACGAAGAAACACUAUCAUUUUUGAAAGAAUCUAUGACACUAAAUUGGAUUAUAAUAAAUCCUACUCACAAACGGGCAGGCAACUUAUCGACUAUCAAACCCGUUAGUGUAAAAUAUGGUUGGGUGUCUAAUGAGAUAAAUUUGCAAUAUAUUACUGUUUUACCAGGAUGUAACCCAAAAGAUGAGAUGGUAAAAUGUAAAAUACAAUUGGUAUUAUUAGAGUCUAAUAUUGAAGGAGAUGUGAUUUUGCAAGUCAAGGAGAUUAGUCUAAAAGCACAAGACUUGGUUUCUAGUAAUUGGUUGAAUGGUAAAGAUUUUAUGGUGAUUACACAAAGAGCAAUUUUGGAGGAAAAUAAUGUUAAGAGGAGUGUGAUCGAUGAUGAGAGGAGAUUGAUGAGUCACAUACAACUCAAGCAAAUAAAAAAAGAUCAAAAAGAAGCAAAAAAGGAAGAAGAGAAAAAAAAGUUUGUUGCCAAGUUCAAUUAUGCCGGGCUCAUGUCGUUGUUGUUUUGUUAUUAUAUUUACUUUUUUUUGUCCACUAGUAUAUGAACUUUGACAUUCAACUUGUAUAUAGACAAUAUAUAUACUUCUAUUAAUUUGCUUGAUAUAAAUUUAUGUUAUUGAUUAAUUUUGCCA